AGCCAGUCAGUAGUCGUCUCACUUCUGACAAGUGUCACCGGGCCCCGGUCUCACAUCAACCGGCUAAAAAUAAAUAAACACAAAAACAGAAGAGCUAACGGUGAAGAAGAAGAAGAAGGAGGAGAAGGAGAACGAGACGAAACAGUAGGCGGAAGAAUGGACGAACCCUCGGAACAAAUGAUGAGACCCCUCCUGAGAACAGGUCUAGACGAAGAGGCGCUAGUCGACCAUGGAAAGUCCAGCUUCACCACGCACACAAACUAUGAAAUGGAAGAUUUGGAAAGCCACAGAGCCGUGUACGUGGGCGUCCACGUUCCUCUCGGGAGAGAGAACAAGCGGCGGCAUCGCCACCGGGGACACAAACACCACCGGAAGAAGCGGGAGAGAGACUCCGAGGAGGGGAAGGAGGACGGCAGGGAGUCCCCCUCUUACGACACGCCUUCCCAGAGGGUCCAGUUCAUCUUGGGUACAGAGGACGACGACCUGGAGCACGUGCCCCACGACCUCUUCACCGAGCUGGACGAGCUCUCCUUCAGAGACGGCAGCGCCACGGAAUGGAAGGAGACCGCCAGAUGGCUGAAGUUUGAGGAGGACGUGGAAGACGGAGGGGAGCGCUGGAGUAAACCCUACGUCGCCACCUUGUCGCUUCACAGCCUGUUCGAACUCCGUAGCUGUAUACUCAACGGCACCGUCCUGCUGGAUAUGAGGGCGAACACCAUCGAGGACAUUGCGGACAUGGUGAUAGACAGCAUGGUGGCCUCGGGCCAGCUGAAGGAGGACCUGCGGCACAAGGUGCGCGAAGCCAUGCUGAAGAAGCACCACCACCAGAACGAGAGGAAGCUCAGCAACCGCAUCCCUCUGGUGCGCUCCAUCGCCGACAUAGGCAAGAAACACUCUGACCCACUCUUGCUUGAGCGAAACGGAGAGGGCCUGUCCUCUUCACGCCUCUCUCUCCACAAGCCCGGGUCGUCCUCCUCCGUCUCCAACCUGUCCCAGAGACGAGAGUCCCGAAUCUCCGUCCUGCUCAACCACCUCCUGCCCUCUUCCUCCUCCUCCUCCAGCCAGGGGCCCGCCCCAGGCCCCUCGCCCCUCACCACCCCACAAAAUACCCCCGCCUCCUUCCGGCGCUCCUCGCCGAGCCCACCGCGCACCCGUGGCGCCGGCCCCGGCCCACGAGGCAUCCCCGAGGUGGUGGUAUCGCCCCCCGAGGACGACGAUGACCCACCAUACUCUGCGGAGGACGAGGCGGCAUCGCCACGCCUCCACCGGCGAGCGUCCUCGGCGUCCCAGGGCCUCGAGCUGCUGCCCCUAGAAGGACCACUGGUGUCUCCGAACUCCGUCCCCAACAACCUGGAUGGCAGUAAGGCGGUGGAGAGGAGGCCGUCCAAAGUAGGGGUCAGUAGAGAAAGCAGCAGUGUCGACUUCAGCAAGGUGGACAUGAACUUCAUGAAGAAGAUCCCUCCGGGCGCCGAGGCCUCCAACGUGCUGGUGGGAGAGGUGGACUUCCUGGAGAAGCCCAUCAUCGCCUUUGUGCGACUGUCGCCCGCGGUUCUGAUCACGGGCCUCACAGAGGUGCCCGUUCCCACGAGGUUUCUGUUCCUGCUUCUUGGUCCUCGUGGCAAAGGGCCGCAGUACCACGAGAUCGGCAGAUCAAUGGCGACGCUCAUGACGGAUGAGAUUUUCCACGACGUGGCGUACAAAGCCAAAGACCGAACGGAUCUCCUCUCUGGGAUAGAUGAGUUCCUCGAUCAGGUGACUGUCCUGCCCCCCGGGGAAUGGGAUCCCACCAUUCGGAUCGAACCCCCCAAGAAUGUUCCAUCUCAGCUGAAGAGGAAGAUUCCGACGCAGCCCAACGGGACGGGGUCUCCGGCCGGGGAGCUGGAGAAGGACGAGGAUCCGCACGCGGGACCCGAGCUGCAGAGGACGGGGAGGCUAUUCGGGGGUUUGAUCCUGGACGUCAAGCGGAAGGCGCCGUUCUACUGGAGCGACAUCCGCGACUCGUUCAGUCUGCAGUGUCUGGCCUCCGUCCUCUUCCUCUACUGCGCCUGCAUGUCCCCCGUCAUCACGUUCGGAGGUCUGCUGGGGGAGGCGACCAAAGGCAACAUAAGCGCCAUCGAGUCUCUGUUCGGGGCGUCGAUGACGGGAGUGGCGUACUCCCUCUUCGCGGGCCAGCCCCUCACUAUUCUCGGCAGCACGGGGCCCGUGCUGGUGUUCGAGAAGAUCCUCUUCAAGUUCUGCAGCGACUACGGCCUGUCGUACCUGUCGCUGCGGACCAGCAUCGGCCUGUGGACGGCCUUCCUGUGUCUCGUCCUGGUGGCUACAGACGCCAGCUCUUUAGUCUGCUACAUCACCCGGUUCACAGAGGAGGCGUUCGCCGCCCUCAUCUGCAUCAUCUUCAUCUACGAGGCUCUGGAGAAGCUGUUUCACCUGGGCGAGCACUACCCCAUCAACAUGCACAACAGCUUGGACAAUCUGACGCUGUAUUCGUGUCAGUGCUCUCCACCGGUCAACGCCUCGACUGAGACGGAGCAGAAGUGGAAUCAGACGGGGUUCAGCGCAGACUCCAUCCCGUGGAGCAGCCUCAACGUUUCGAUGUGUCAAACGCUCGAUGGGGAGUUUGUGGGUCCAGCCUGUGGUCACCAUGGUCCGUACAUCCCAGAUGUUCUCUUCUGGUCCAUCAUCCUCUUCUUCACCACCUUCUUCCUCUCCUCCUUCCUCAAGCAGUUCAAGACGGAGAGAUAUUUCCCCACCAGGGUGCGUUCCACCAUCAGCGACUUCGCCGUGUUCAUAACCAUAAUGAUCAUGGUGCUGGUGGACUACCUGAUGGGGAUCCCGUCUCCUAAACUCAACGUUCCCGAUCGCUUUGAGCCGACGUCAAAGAACCGCGGCUGGCUGAUGGACCCGUUGGGAGAGAACCCCUGGUGGACGCUGCUGGUGGCAGCACUCCCCGCGAUGCUCUGCACCAUCCUCAUCUUCAUGGACCAGCAGAUCACCGCCGUCAUCAUCAACCGCAAGGAGCACAAACUCAAGAAAGGCUGCGGCUACCACCUGGACCUGCUGGUGGUGGCGGUGAUGCUGGGCGUGUGCUCCAUCAUGGGCCUGCCGUGGUUCGUGGCGGCCACCGUCCUCUCCAUCUCGCACGUCAACAGCCUGAAGGUGGAGUCCGGCUGCUCCGCCCCCGGCGAGCAGCCCAAGUUCCUGGGCAUCCGGGAGCAGCGCGUCACCGGGUUCAUGAUCUUUGUCCUCAUGGGCUGCUCCGUCUUCAUGACGUCGGUGCUCAAGUUCAUUCCCAUGCCGGUGCUGUACGGAGUCUUUCUCUACAUGGGCGUCUCGUCCCUCAAAGGAAUUCAAUUCUUCGACAGGAUCAAGCUGUUCGGCAUGCCCGCCAAGCACCAGCCCGAUCUCAUCUACCUCCGCUACGUGCCGCUGUGGAAGGUCCACGUCUUCACGCUGGUGCAGCUCACCUGUCUGGUGCUGCUGUGGGUCAUCAAGGCGACCGCAGCCGCCGUCGUGUUCCCCAUGAUGGUUCUGGCGCUGGUGUUUGUGCGGAAGCUGCUCGACUUGUUCUUCACCAAUAGGGAGCUGAGCUGGCUCGACGACCUGAUGCCAGAGAGCAAGAAGAAGAAGGAGGACGACAAGAAGAAGAAAGCCCGGGAAAAACUGGAGGCCGAGUCCAGGCUGCAUGACGAAGAGGAGCUGAGACUGAAGGUCAACUUUGAAAGCUCGAACCAACUCGACGUCCCACUGAAGUCGCUGUCAGGGAGAUCGUACAGAAUAGGACUAGUGGCCCACAGCCUGCCAGUGGAAGACGAGCCAGGAGAAGGUGGCCUGCGUUAGGGUGGACGUGAGCCCGGACGUCCCCGGAGGAAGAGGACGAGGCUCCGACGCCGCCGAGACCUUCCUGUGACGAAGGGGAGAGACCCUCCCUCCCUCCUCCACCCCCCAGUGACGGGCGCCAUCUCAGUGGGAAUCGAGGGGCCUUUCGAACUCGGGGCAGCACAACCUGCCUGCACAGCUCCAAACCUUCAGGGGCAGCGGGCGAGCUCCUCCUCCUCCUCCUCCUCCUCCUCCUCCCUCGACCCCCCCCCGAAGACUGUGAGUGAGCAGCACAUGUUCAAAAAGCUGCCGCGACACAACUAUAGAGCACACGUCUCCGAACGGAGUGAAGGAGUUCUGCCGUCACUGCCCACCGACACUCACUGUUUAGGAACUCCCUCUCUCUCUCUCUCUCUCUCUCUCUCUCUCUCCCUCUCUCUCUCUCCUCACCCGAUUUAUCCACAGAUGCCAAAGGAAGGGGCCUCGGCGGUGUGGGAGCGUUGGACCGAGCGGAUUCGAUUUUUUACUUCUACACCCCCCCCCCCCCCCCUUUGUUUAUUUUAGAAUUUCAAAUGUUACUGUCCUCGUUUUAGCUGGUCACUGUACUGUACACGUCUGGUUCUCUGCGACUCACACACACGCUACGAGUCGCCCUGUGUUUUUAUUUGUUUACGUGUUAUUUUUUAUGUCCAAUUCAAAAAACAAACAAACAAAAAUCCGCUGAGCUGCCCCAGCUUCGAAACUCCAAAGCCAUUCAGGUACCGUCGGUGACAGAUGAUGACGACGACGAUGAUUAUUCUAUUUUAUAAAUUGGCCUGGCACAAGAAAUGACGCCAACCAAAAGCAGAGGUACGUUCACACGAGCUGCUUUCAGCGGUGAACCGCGGAAUAACGUCCGCGAAAUUGCGUCUUCUCCCGGAGAUUUUGGGAGUCGGACUCGUAGGAGGAGGCAGCGCACGGCGAUAAUUCCUCCGCGGAAAAGCCGCGUUUUUCGUUUACAGUCAUCGACACGCUCCGGUCCCGCCGUAGUCUCUCACACAUGGGCUCCCUCGGACAUUUUUCCAGUAAUUUCACCAGGGUGCUGGCAGAACACGGUCCGGAAAAUGUCCAGACUUCCGUUCAUGUCUGAAAGCAGCUAUAGAUUCUGUUACCAUGACUACUGCAUCCACCUUCCUCCAGAGGGAAAACUCUGUGUUGUUAUCGCUGCUCAAAAGUCGAGUCUGUCGUUUUUCUCUCCGUAAACGUCACUGUUCUUAUUAUGUGUGCUGUUAUAAGAAAAUAUCCUUAUUAUAUAUAUAUAUAUACAUAUAUAUAUAUAUAUAUAUAUAUAUGUAUAUAUAUAUGUGUGUUUUUUCAUUUGUACCGUUAUAGUAAACCUACUUCUGAGGCCAUAUAAAGUCUGUACUGUACAGUAAAGCACUUUGCCAGUAUAGUUUCUUAACCGGAGACGUUUCUGUCGAGCUGUUGUUCAAAUGUCGGUUUUAAAAACACAAAAAACAAAAACAACUCAGGAAUCUCUGAAGGAUUUUUCUGACGUCGGUCACUUCGCUCGUGUUUCGGUCACCAGGCGGCGAUAAUUAAUAAUUAACUGUCCACUCGUUCUCCUGCCAUCUGCUGGUACCACGACUAUUUUAAUACAUGCUGUAAAUCAUUAAAAACACAUAGUGAAGGUGCAGGAUUUAAAAACUACAGUAUAUAUUUGUGACUCGAGAUAGUUGCACCUGUUUUUUUUUAUACCGUCUGUUUUAAAUGUCAGUGAAUAAGUGUACUGUACGUGUGGUGUCGAGGUGAGUCGGUAAAUGUCUUAGCGUCGCAAAUCCAUUUUAUGCAAGAAGAAAAAAAUAAUUAUAUUCUAUGAAGUUGUUCUUAUUUUGCUACGUGCGGUCCCGUUUUAAGCAAUAAGUGUUCCCAUGUAUGGGACUGACAACCUGAGUUUUUAUUCAGGCAGAGAAUAACUUUGUGAAACGACGUGUGUGUCCGUCUGUGUGUAGCUGCAGUGACGAUAUGAACUAUAGCUUACGUGCCUUGUUGAAGAUUUUAAAUGUGCAAGUCUCAUAUAAGUGUUAGAACACAUGUAUACACACACACACACACACACACACACACACACACACACACACACGGUGGCACACAAACGCCAAAGACAGACCAUCAUCACUUUAUCAGAUUUAAAAUAGACAUGUUCUGCUUUUUCCUCUACGGUGAUUGGUUGUACAGUAGAUUCGUAAAUAUCCGUUAGCUGGCCAAUCAGAGCCGACUGGGCUUCAUCGGGAGGGAGGGGCCUUAAAGAGACAGGAGUGUUUUCAGACAGAGGCUGAGCAGAGGAGCUGCAGGAAUGUGACAGUCUGAGAAAACUGAUGUGUUUACUGAACAUUAAGAGCUUGUGAACCUUUUCAACUAAUAACCCAAGUUAAAACGAUGAACCCGAAUAUGAGCAGAACGUGUCUCCUUUAACGAGUCCGCGGCUCAGCUGAGGCUUCUGUUCGUCUUAAUGUCUGUGAAGCCCGAGGAGCCGCCGACUCAAACCACGUGACUCGUGUUGUUUUUACAUUUUCUGUUUGUGUUCUACUGUCUGUAGUCGCUAUUUAUGAGGAAACAUGUUUUCUUAAAAAAAACAAUAUUGAUUUGAAAUUGAGUCAUUCAUAAACGGUUGUUGCUCUUCAAAUAUGGACCAUGUGACAUGAAAAGUGAGUGUUAUAGUUACCGUGAAGUCAGCAUCCAGCGACUAAAUACUUCUAAUUUCAUAAUAAUAUUGUUUAUUUUGACCCUUUUAUUUUUUUACAUCAUCCAUCUCAGAUAGGAUGCAUUCAUUUUAAUAGGUGGAUAAACAGCAUCAUCAGCAACAACGGGGAGGAGUUUGAAGCCUCCGUCGUCAUCACAACCGCGUCACUUAAUAACCGUGCACAUGUACAGACGUAACACCAGUGAAGCGUCAUGACUGCGUCCUGCUGUCCGCUGGAAUGGAGACCUUUUGUGUCGUGGUCGACCGGUGCAAAGCAAUAAAAGGUGUAAACAUGG